CGGGCGCGGGAGCCAGGCCUCGGCGGCCGCGGGCUCCAUCUAUGAUAACGCAAGAGGCCUGAACUCGCUGCUUGGGUUACUAACACUCCGGAAGGCCUUCUACCUACCCUGGUGGAAGGCAGGGGCUCACUCUUCGGUCACUUGCUUUCUCGGAAUCGAACCAAACGAAGCCUGGAGGUCGCUUGGCGAGGCGUUCUCACGCACGCGGUUACUACGUCUUGUGAAACUUGAGUCAUGGGGAGGCAUAACCGAAGGAAGCACUCCCCACGGUGGGAGUCGCGGCUUUGUGGAAAGUAAAGAUCGGAAAAUUCGGAUGGAACUUUAGAGCAUGGUCUCUUUAGAAAAUACAUUUUAAGCCACUUUCUUGGUUUUAGCUGGAAAUGCGAAAGUUUAGCGUUUUGGUUACGAAGUGGUAUCUGAUGUUUUCUAGGAAAAAGCUGAGACUUCUCUCAAAUUUGUGUGCUGAGGAGACUCAGAUGUUGGCCUCAGCUCCUAGAUUGAACUCAGCAGAUCGGCCCAUGAAAACUUUUGCCUUGAGACAAAGGAAAGGACCCACCAGAAAGCAACACCUAUUAUCUUGGGCUUGGCAGCAAGGAAGAAAAGUAGUGGAAAUACUGCAAUCUGAAGAACAGACUGAAAGGUGACAAAGAAGCUGAAGAUGGGCGGUGGAGAGAGGUAUAACAUUCCAGCCCCUCAAUCCAGAAAUGUUACUAAGAACCAACAGCAGCUUAACAGACAGAAAACCAAGGAUCAGAAUUCCCAGAUGAAGAUUGUUCAUAAGAAAAAAGAAAGAGGACAUGCUUAUAACUCCUCAGCAGCUGCAUGGCAGGCCAUGCAGAAUGGGGGGAAGAACAACAAUUUUCCAAAUAAUCCAAAUUGGAACUCUAGUUUAUCAAGUCCCAGCUUACUUUUUAAGUCUCAAGCUUGUCAGAACUAUGCUGGAGCCAAAUUUAGUGAGCCACCAUCACCAAGUGUGCUUCCCAAACCACCGAGCCACUGGGUUUCUGUUUCCUUUAGCCCUUCAGAUAAAGAAAUACUGACAUUUCAACUUAAAACCUUACUUAAAGUACAGGUAUAAAGAUGUUUAAAUUUAGCUAUAUUUACAAAUAGUCAUCAAUUGGUCUGAAAGAAAUUCACUAGAGUAUCUGUAAAACUGAUAAUGUAAAAUUAUAAUCAGACUAUCUCAUUUGUUUUGUGUUGUGUGCACUGUGAUGUAAUGGUAGUAUCAGUGCAACUUAAAAUAAUGUUCUCAAUUAGGUAACAAGUGAAAUGACUUGAUUAGAUUUGAUUAAUCUUUAUUAGUGAGGAAAGUAAUAUUCAUGGGUCAGAUUUACUUGAAGUGAUUCAAAUUGUAAGCAUCUAGCUGACACAAGUUGGAAAAUCAGGCAGACAUCUGAAAGUUUCUCUUAGGGAUAUCAAACAUGCCAACAAUCUAAUGCACUGCCAAAAGAAAAUGUGAAUUUUCUUAAAUAGCUGCAUUUCACUAAAUUGUAGUGAUAAAUGUGUAAAGGGCAACUUAAUCAGAAUGAGGCACAAAUACUCUGGUGGCCUUAAAAUGAAACAAACCAUGAACAGGCAUCUGCCAAUAUAGGUGUACCAGAACUUUGUAGCUUUCCAAGUACAUUUUUAUAUUGCAGCACCACACAGGCUGACAGUGAUCUGGCCUUAUCCCUGCAAAGCUUAAAGUAGGGAGUGAUAUGUGAAAAAUUUACCUAGGGAAAAAGAGCCAUGUAAAUACGUGUAAUAAGCUUGUAGCAUAUGUAAAGUUUUCUUGGCUUUUAUCCUACAAAAAAAUAUUUUAGUAUGAAUUUGCUGAAUGUAAGACCAUGGACUGUUAUACUAUGGCCUAAUUUUAGAGGUCCAUAAUUGUUUUUAAAGUUUGCCCUUGUGCUAAAGUGCCAGUGUAUGUUAUAACUGAUUUGGUUGUAAACUAUUUCAAAGUAAAUUCUAGUGUAAUAUGUUUUAUAAUACAACUGAAAAGGUGUAAGCUGCUAAAAUAUUUCUAUUUUUAAGAGAUGAAAAGUGUACAGGAUUCCCUCACUACCCUGUUUAAACCCAAAGAAUAAUAUUGGCUUU